AAAAAACCAGGAAAAAAAAAAAAGGAGGAGCGGUAGGAGUUUGGAAGGGCUGCGGCAGGGAGGGAUUUUGGGAUCUGGGGGGGGGCCAGGGGUGUCCCUGCAGCCCCCUGGGAGGAGCAGGGGCUCGGAGGGAGCUGCAUCCCGGGGGAUUGGGGUCAGGAUUUGGGGUCUGUCCCCCCCCCCCCCAGCCCCACCCCCCGUGCGAGGCUCGGUUUGGCAGCGAAGGCUCCGGGUGGGAAAUGGCCAAAAAUCGCUGGGAAUUGCCUAAAAAAAAUCAUGUGAGGAGAAAGGCAGCGGGUUUGGCAGGGCUGGGGACACCUGGGGGUGAGGAUGAGGCAGGGAUGGGACACCCAGAUUGGGGACACCCACCCUGGGAUGGGACAACCCAGACUGGGGACACCCAUCCAGGGAUGGGGGAACCCUGACUGGGGACACCCAGAUUGGGGACACCCACCCUGGGAUGGGACACCCAGAUUGGGGACACCCACCCUGGGAUGGGGGAACCCAGAUUGGGAUGGGGGAACCCAGACUGGGGACAUCCAUCCAUGGAUGGGGACACCCAGAUUGGGGACACCCACCCUGGGAUGGGACAACCCAGACUGGGGACACCCACCCUGGGAUGGGAUACCCACACUGGGGGGACCCAUCCAGGGCUGGGGACACCCAGACUGGGGACACCCACCCCAGGAUGGGACAUCCCAUCCUGGGAUGGGGACACCCAGACUGGGGACACCCAUCCCGAGAUGGGGGAACCCAGAUUGGGAACAUCCAUCCAGGGAUGGGACACCUGAACUGGGGACACCCAUCCAUGGAUGGGGACACCCAGACUGGGGACACCCAGACUGGGGACACCCACCCUGGGAUGGGGGAACCCAGACUGGGGACACCCAGAUUGGGGACACCCACCCUGGGAUGGGACACCCACCCUGGGGGGACUCAUCCUGGGAUGGGGACUCCCAGAUUUGGAACACCCAUCCAGGGAUGGAGACACCUGAAUUGGGGACACCCAGGGCUGGGGACACCCAUGGAUCUCAACACCUGGAGCUGGGGACACCCACCCAAAGCUGGGAACACCCACCCAAAACUGGGAACACCCCAGGCUGGGGGUCCCCAGCUCCGUGUCCAUCCCUGUGUCCAUCCCUGUGUCCAUCCCUGUGUCCAUCCCCAUCCCAGGAAGUGCCUGAGUCGGCCCCAGCCCCCCCUGCCGGCAGAAUUUGGGGCUGGGGGUGCCCAAAAUUCCCCUUCCCCCUCCCCCAGGUUCAUUUUUCCCCCUCCCCCCAAAAAAAAAAACGCCUGGAAAUGGCAAAUUCCUUUGGGGGAAAAAAAAAAAAAAAAGGUUAUUUUUGGUCUCCCUUAAAGGAGCAAGGAGGCCUUUGGGAAGGGGGGGGAAAAGCUCUGGCACCCCCCCAGCCCCAUUCCCAAAAAAAAUAUAUAUAUAUAUAUAGAUAGAUAAAUAGAUUUAUGGCUGGAGAGGCGGGUCCCGACCCUCGGGGGGGGGGGGAAAAAAAAAGGCACCUUUGAGCUGGUCACCUGUUUUCUAAAAAUGCACAUUUUUAAAUGAUAUAAAAAAAAAAAGCAGAAAAGAGAGAUUUUAAAAAAAAGCCCUUUUAUUUUCAAAG